ACGGUCAACAGAGGAGAAUUAUUUUGGACAGGAAUUAAUUCCAUUAGAGAGGAAAACUGGACUGUAACUGGCUUGUGUCUUCCUCCCCCCAUUUCAAAGUAGCGACAGUCUGUUGACAUGCAAAUUGGACAGAGGGAGGCGGCAGCAGCAGCAGAUACGUGUGUUUCCACUUUUUAGUUACGUCGCAAACAACCUGCACUCUCCGGAAUUGUCGGACUAGCUGACACCGUCGUCGCCCGAGUCGACACUUUGCGUGAUAGUUUCUUUUCGAGCUGAGAGGAUGAAGGGAAGGUAUCCAGGCAGUUUGUGGAGUUUGUAGAAACAGAAGAAUCAGCAGCACUGGUAGCCUUCCAUGCUCCUGUUUGACACCUCUGUCUGCAAUGGAACUCACCAUGAGUUAGAGGGCAUCGGAGGGCAUCGGAGACCAUCGCCACAGCUGCCUUUCCCCACCAUCUGCAGCACUGUGUCUGGAGACAGCAGCAUCAUUCGCCCUGCUUCAUGAGCCAGCAGGAUGUGGCUGAGGUCCUUGCACUCUCCGAGCGCCUCCUCAUAGCUUCACACAAGGGACAAGCUGACAAUGUGGUCCAGCUGAUCAACAGGGGUGCAAAAGUAGCAGUCACCAAGUAUGGCAGAAGCCCGCUGCACUUGGCUGCCUAUAAAGGCCACAUUGAGAUUGUGCGUAUCCUGCUCAAAGCUGGCUGUGACCUGGACAUCCAAGAUGACGGGGAGCAGACGGCGUUACACCGAGCUGCCGUGGUGGGAAAUAGUGACGUUAUAAGUGCUCUCAUCCAGGAAGGGUGUGCACUGGACAGACAGGACAAGGAUGGCAACACUGCUCUUCAUGAAGUGUCCUGGCAUGGCUUCAGCCAAUCUGUCAAACUGCUUGUGAAAACUGGAGCCAACAUUCAUGCAAAAAAUAAGGCAGGGAACACAGCUCUACACCUUGCAUGUCAGAAUGGUCAUGCUCAGAGUUCCAAGGUUCUGCUCCUCGGAGGCUCAAGGCCUGACAGCAAGAACCAUGGAGGGGAUACGUGUCUGCAUGUGGCAGCCCGCUACAACCAUGUAGCUAUGAUCCGCAUCCUACUGGGAGCCUUUUGCUCUGUUUCAGAGAAGAACUUGGCUGGGGACACACCGCUACAUGUGGCAGCUGCUCUGAAUCAUAAAAAAACAGUACGUCUGCUGCUGGAGGCGGGGGGAGACAGCCGCAUCCGCAACAAUGCAGGUGAAACAGCUUUGGACCAGGCCAGAGAACAUAACAAUCCAGAUGUGGCUCUGCUCCUAACCAAAGCUCCUCAGGUGCAGAGCUUUGUGCGUGGCAGGAGUGUGAGGAAAAGGAGAGACAAGCUGAAAGCAGAGGGCAGAGCUCAGUCGGUGCCCAGAGAUGAGAUGCUACCCUAUAAGGACAAUACAUAUGCUGCAGAUGACACGCAGAGCAGUGACCGAGCUGCCCACAGACACACUGAGGUGACUGAGUCAGACACCAGGAGGGGAAAGGACAGGAAGCAGAAAGAAAAGCCAUUUUUAUCUGACCCCCUCCGACGCAGAGAGACCAGACACAGCGAAGCCUUUCACAAGAGGAAAAGUAAACUGCUAGGAGCCUGCCCUCAUGCAUCCGUCCCUCCACACAACUUUAAAGCCUAUCAGCUUUACACACUGUAUCGUGGCAAGGAUGGCAAGAUCAUGCAGGCUCCUCUGAAUGGCUGCCGCUGUGAACCUCUCAUCAGUAAACUGGAGAACCAGCUGGAGGCCACUAAGGAGGAGAUAAAGACUGAGAUCCACACUGUCCAAGACUUGAUGAACAGCAAGAUAGGCCAGCUGGACCGCAAGAACCAACACCAGAUUUGGGCUCUUGAUAAGAUAACAGUGGAGAGAGUGUCAGCAGAGAGGAGCGAGUGUCUGCAGAGGAUCAAGCAGUGUGCCCUGCAGGAGCGACUCGAAGCAGAGAAGAGACAGCAGGCAUCGCUGGUCAGGGAUCUGAAGAGCUGGUGUCUGUCCAAACUGCAGAGCAUGGAGGUCCGCUUCACAGGAGACCCCAGCAGCACUAAGCUGCAGCGCUCCUCCUCUAUGGCUGAGGGCCUAAAUGAAGCCGAUGGAGCUGGCCUCACUGUGCCGCCUGCUGGACAUGGGGGCAGCUCCCAUUGCUCAGAGCUCCACAACAAUCCUACACCCCUGGACUCUAGCCUUAGGGAUCCCAGUGUGGCAGAGGGUGGUUCAGCCAACCACUACCUUGUUGGUCAUAUGGAGAGCUCUCCAGAUUGCGAAAAGGAACAUAAUCCAGAAGUAACCUCUCCUGAAGCAGCAAAGAGGGCACUAUCAUCUGUCCAGGUGGUUCGGCCAAAGGAGCGUUUAGUUAUUUGUGCUGACACACAGAGGAAGAAAAAGGACCUACAUGAUGUGGGCAUGGUAGAGUACAGUGCAAGCGGGGGCAGAGUCCACAGAGAAUGCAGCCUGUCUCCAACCACAGAACCUUGCUGCAGCAGCAGGACUGAAGCUGGGCUCAGAGACAGAGAGCGAGGCUGUGACAGAGGGAAGCACCAUAAAAGGCAUUCCCAGGGCAGGACUAAUUCCAGAGGGGCUGCAGGAGUGAGAAUUCUGGAGGUAUUUGGGGACCAGCCCAGUGAGCCCUCCUUUGCUCAGGAGAGGGACAACAUGCAUGCUCUGGAGGUGACUCAGUACUUCUUUGAGGCGGUGUCAACGCAGAUGGAGUGCUGGUAUGAGAGGAAGGUGCAGGAGGCUCGCUGGCAGGCCAAUCAGAGGGCUCAGGUUGACAGAGCUGCUCUGAUUGAAAGGAUCACUUACCUGGAGGACGAGCUGCGCAUGCUGAGGACUAACAAACAUGAUGACUGUUAACACAGAGCUCAUCUGUCAUUACU